GUUUGUGGACCGCCAUUAUAGCAAAGAAGAAGAUGUGUGAAUUUGGAACAGCAACGUGCUCGAGACUCCGUCCCAAACACUUUGAAAAAUAUUUUAUAUCUCAACAUGGCAUUAGAUAUCGGUUACCCGGGGACAAUCACAGAUAAUAUAUUCUGAAAUCUUGAAGAAAACGAAAUUACUCGACUUGUAAAGCCAACUCCACAUCAUCUGCGGUGGUGAAACGUGGUGCCACUGAAAACACGAAGUUGGAGGCCGAGUCUAGUUAGCUAUUUGUUUAGGAUAUUUGGCGUCAUCGCACUAAUUAAGAUCUUGAAUACAUCGUGACCUCCUGGGUUGUGUUCAAAAGACUGUCAAGUCCUUGAAUAAUAAUUGUUCAGUUUCGGAACCGGGGGUACCUUGUUGAGACUUGGAAGUGAAGUUGUGAAGAAACCUGAUUGGCGACAUGCCAAGGAGUAAAAAAGGGAAACGUAGUUCAAACAAGGGCUCUCUCAGACAGGAGGUUCUACAGUUGCAGCUGUCGGCCAAGGGCCCCCUGUCUCUCAAAGGGGGGGUGAAGGGUGGGUCUGGUGCCAGUGAUGAUGACCUGGCGUCUGAUGUGCUCAGUCACUACAGCAGUGCCAGCGAGAGCGCCUCGGUGCUGGACGAGGGCACAGGAGCAGGUGAGCCACUAGAUGAUCAGAUUGCCCAGGAGGAGACCGAGGACAAGCUGAAACAAUGCAUAGAUAACCUGAUGGACAAGAGUGCAAAGACGCGCCUAGCAGCCCUGGAGUCUCUGAGAGGGGCCUUCUCCUCCAGGCUGCUCUGUGACUUCCUGAUAGAGAGACGGCUCACCAUCAGCGACUGCCUGGAGAGGAGCCUGCGCAAGGGUGGUGGAGAGGAGCAGGCUGCAGCGGCCACAGUGUGUGCCCAGCUGUGUGUGCAGCUGGGCGGGGGGGAUGAGAGCGAGGAGGGCUUCAAGAUCCUUCGACCUGUCCUCAGCGCCAUCAUGAUUGACGACUGUGCCAGCGUGACUGCCCGCCAGAGCUGUGCCAGAGCUCUGGGUAUGUGCUGCUAUGUUUCUGCUGCAGAAGAUGGAGAGGACUUGGUAAAAUCCAUGAGUCACCUGGAAUGUGUUUUCAACACGUCGUACCCCAACUGUGAGGGCACCCUGCCCACCCCCAAGGCCGGUGCCCCCGGUCUCCACAGCGCCGCCCUCCACGCUUGGGCUCUUCUCGUCACCCUCUGCCCCGCCUCCCGUCUCACUGUGCUGCUAGACCUACAUCUACCCAAGCUACAAGCCUGCCUGGAGAGCAGUGAUGUGAACUACAGGAUCGCUGUGGGGGAGACCAUCGCCCUACUGGUUGAACUGGGAAGAGAUAUAGACAGGGAAUUUGAAGACAGCGACCAGCUGUGUGAGUGCCUGAAAGGUCUUGCCACUGACGGGAACAAACACCGUGCCAAGAACGACAGGAGGAAACAGCGCUCCGUAUUCAGAGAGGUGCUGCACUACAUAGAAAAUGAGGACUUCACGGAGGAGAAGAUCCGCUUUGGUGUGGAGGGCAUCUACAUCGACAGCUGGAUGCGCAGGAGGGUCUACGACGCCUUCAAAGAGGUGCUGGAGUCUGGAGUGAGACACCACCUUCAGUUUAACCCGCUGCUGAGGGAUAUCUUUGGCCUGGGACCCCCUCUGAUACUGGACUCGUCCGUCAAAGCCAGUAAGAUCUCCCGUUUCGAGAAGCAUCUGUUCAACUCAGCGGCCUUCAAAGCCAGGACUAAACUAAGGAACAAAGUGAGGGACAAGAGAGCAGAUGUGAUGUGAGGAAUGGAGGAGAGGAAUUGAUGGAACGUGCCUUGGCCCCAUAGGAUGGAGACCCUGAGGAGAAGAAUACUGGGGUAUAUUUAUUGAAGCGAAAUGUUUGGUAACGUUGCAGAUAGAAAUGUAAUGAAUAGAGCUGACAUGAUUUCCAUUUCCAAAUGACAGACAAUCCUAUAUGUUCUACACAGUACAUUUCUAUAGGAACGUUCUGUAACGUUACAACCUCCUGAACAGGCCCCUUGCCCAAACUCAUCUCACAAGACCCAAUGACUGCUGCCAAACCAGGGACUUGGCAGACAUUGCAAAUGUGUGUGCGUGUUUUUUUAAUUUGUAAUUUAACACCACAUAAUAAAAUCAUGACACCUA